AUGGAUAACUACAGUGCCGCCGACGAUCCUGGGGUGACCUUCUGCAUUGGCCAUCAUGAGCCGAACCGGACGCUGAUGGUGACGCCUCAGGUGGUCAGUCGGGCACAUGAGAGUAAUUAUGAUAUGUUGACCGUCCCAAUUACUACCACCCAUUUCCACUCUAGGGUGCUGGGACUGUUGUCUUCUUAUCUCUCUAACCUGCAGUCGCCAUCAUUCGAUCGAAUUGGUACCAUGGCCACCUCGCAAAACACACGGCCGUUGACCAUUCCACCACUGACCAAACUGGACUCAAAUCUCACUCCCAAUGACGCAACGAGCCAGCUGGUUGGUGUCACUAGCAGCUGGAUUGACCUUUGCUCCCCUGAUCCGUUAAUUGCGGAUCUGUCUCGUCAGGUUCUAAUGCUAGAAGUAGCAUACGCUGCUUUCUGUGGUAUUGGAUAUCUUUUGAUUCCUAUCCCUAAAUUGCAUCACGGAGGUAUGCAUUCGGAAGGUGUUGUCUACUAUGCCAGGGCUAUUCAGGAUGCGUUGAAUCUCGGUCCCUACAUCCAGUUCCAUAUUUGGUUGCGGAUGGUGGACAACUCUGAGCUGGAGGUUGAUAGCAUGGGUGAUUUGGCCCCACUGGCCCGGGAAGAGUACCUACAGCUUGAAGCAGGUAGUUUGCCAAAAGUCGACCCAUUCGGAACCUGGGAUGCCUGGGAUUUGAUAAGAAAGACAUGCAAAUACCAUACACGGCUGUUUGUGGCCCUGGCCAUGCCUAAGCAGCUGCCUGCUCUUUCCGUUCAAUCUCGCUGGCACUCGGAGCCUGUGCAUCUCCUUACGAUCGAUUCUUCAUCGUUCUUGAAGAACCCGAAAGGAUACCCCGUUUUGUCAAAGGCCCACCAAGCCUUGAUCGCGAAACUGAUGCGCCUUCGCACUCCUCCAUGGAUUCUGCUUUGCAAUGUUGGGCCUAUUCCGGGCCUUGAGAACGCAGAAGGAAUUGAAGCCACCCAGUCUCAAUUGUCCAGCUCUGAUUAUCCGAGCCUGAGUGCCUCCAAAAAGCAUCAUGAUCCUACUCCGCAUCUUUCCUAUAUUCGGAAUCUGCAGCAGCGGCAACCCCCGCGUACCCCCAUCGAAAGAUUUGGCACGGGCUAUCAAGACUACCUCCAGGCUCCUCUCCAGCCACUGACUGUCAACUUGGAGAGCAUCACCUACGAGGUUUUUGAGAAAGAUCCCAUUAAAUAUGAGUGGUAUGAGCGCGCGAUUACCAAGGCUCUGAGAGACUGGGCAGAUCAGAAGAAGCCUACGUCUCACCCUGAUGGGAAGGUGAUUCUGGCGGUUGUUGGCGCGGGCCGCGGUCCUCUCGUGACUCGGGCGUUGAGGGCUAGUGCCGAAGCCGGAGUGGAGAUUGAUCUGUGGGCUGUCGAAAAGAACCAAAAUGCAUUUGUUUUGCUGCAACGUCAUAACGAGACUAUCUGGGAUGGCAAAGUCACCCUCGUCCAAUCUGACAUGCGGAGCUGGAAAGGCCCUCGAGUGCGGCGACAGGCAACCGAGAGCGGAGCCCAGGACCCAGUCGGUGAAUCGCUAGGUAUUGAAGAUUCCUUGCUUUACACACCAACAAAAAGCACCAAUGACCCCGGCCGGGCGUCCGAUUUCUCUGCCCCCAUCGCAUCCGGUAGCACUCACACUUAUGUUGACAUUGUGGUGUCAGAGCUACUCGGCUCUUUCGCUGACAAUGAACUAUCUCCGGAGUGCCUGGAUGGUAUCAAUGAUCUAAUCAAUCCUGUGCACGGAAUCUCAAUUCCAGCAUCAUACUCGGCACACCUGACGCCCAUUUCUGCUCCAAAGCUGCACAGCGAUGUUGUGAAUCAGACCAUCUCUAACCCUGCAGCGCCGGAGACCCCAUAUGUCGUGAUGCUUCACGCUAUUGAUUUUCUGUCUACCGCGGACUCUACUGGGAAUACGGAAACUCUCAAUCAGAACACAACAAACCGUGCCUCUGGAAGCUCGGGGCCAACUCUCGCCACCGAGUUCCCAACGCCUUUCGUUCAGACCGCAUGGUCUUUCUCUCACCCGAACCGAAAUAUUCCACCUCCAUCCCCAAUGCAGUCCACCAUUUCCAAUUCGCACAAUGUGCGCCAAACUCGUCUCUCCUUCCCUACACAGAACCGGGGCGUGUGCCACGGCUUGGCUGGGUACUUUGAAACAGUCCUUUACGGUGAUGUCGAGCUCUCAACCAAUCCAGUGACAAUGGAUGCAAAGAGCGCCACCAUGAUCAGCUGGUUCCCUAUCUACUUCCCUCUCAAGACUCCUCUCAAUGUUCCCGACAAUGGCGAAGUCGUCAUCACCAUGUACCGUCAGACUGAUGAUCGUAAAGUCUGGUAUGAAUGGAUGGUGGAGGUGUAUGCCCUUGAACGCACCUCUGCUCCGACAACGAAGCUCACUACCCCUGCCGUGACUGGUAUCCGUUCAGGAUCUCCCAGCGUGGACAGCCUGAAGGGCAAGGAAAACACCCCAAGACCACAAGGUGGCAGUUCAAACCAGACAGGGUAUCGUCGCGUGCGCGUGGGAAUGAGUGAAAUGCAUUCAAGCAUUAAGGAAGGCUGCUUAAUGUAA